GAGAUAUAAGGCCCUCCCAGCCACGACAAACGUACCCUCCUUAGUUUCGCCUCUUUCUUUCCGUGCUUCUCUUCGUUCCCCUCUUUUCUCUCUCCUCUCUCUUAUUAUCAUCAGGCUGGUUAACCUGAUCCCGUCCCCCUUUGACUGAUCUCAUAGACACGCUCGCUCUCUUUGCAAUGGCUCAGUCUUCCUCUCCUUCUGCCUCUUCGACGGCGGCCGCUGGCGGUGCGUCCUCCACUGCUGCAGCGAAGGCAGCAGCGGCAGCCGCCCCAAAGUUCUCCGACACCGAUUUCGUCUACCAUAUCGAUCUCUUUUUGAUUUGUCUCUUCGGUCUCUACGUUCUCACCACACUCCCCCGCGCCAUCGCCCGCUAUUCCUACACCCAUGGCUUUUUCCAGGGCCUCAUCCUUCGCUCCGGCUCUCCGAAGCCCUCGAAUUCACCUUAUCGCUCUAACACGAUGAGGAGCACUGCAAGCCGUGCGACCCUCGGUAACGGAUCAGACGAAUCGCACACCUACGCCUCGCAUGCCAACUUGGUCCACAAGGGCAAUGAGGCCAACUUCGCCAACAACCGACCCCCGACCCGCGUCCCUCGUUGGGCCACCGUCAUUCACCCUUUGGUUUCGUACUGCCUCAACAAACGUGUGGCUGCGGGAUUUUCGGUUGGAAAGGUUAUCAUCUCCUUGGCCUAUACCGCCGUGGUCUUCUACGCGGCGUUCUAUGGCCCGGAGGUCAACCCAUUCUCAGACUCCGUUCGUGCCGGAUUCGUUGGGACGUCACAGAUUCCGAUCGUCAUCGCCCUCGCGAACAAGAACAAUGCCCUCAGCUACUUGUGUGGACUUGGUUAUGAGAAGCUCAACUACCUUCACCGUUUGUCUGGCCGUCUCGUGGUCCUCGCCAUUAACGUCCACGCUCUCGGUUACAUCUACAAGUGGUCUAUCGCGGGCACCAUCGCCGAGGACCUCGCUGAGAUGAAGAUCCUUUGCGGUGUCAUCGGUCUCGCCGGUGCCGACGCUAUCUUCUUCCUCUCCAUUCCGCUCAUCCGCCAGCACUGCUACCACCUUUUCUUCUACUCGCACAUUCUCGGCUUCUUUGCCUUCAUGAUUGGUGGACUUUACCACUACCCUCCCUGCGUUCCAUACUGCGCCACCGGUCUUAUCCUCUACGGUGCCGACCACCUCUUCCGUACCCUCAAGACUCGUACCACGACCGCCAUCCUUACCCCUCUCCCUGCUCUCGGCGCGACCCAUAUCUCCAUGCCGAAGCUCACCGAGGGCUGGCGCGCAGGCCAGCACAUCCGUCUGCGUGUUCCCGCCGCCUCUGGCUACUCCUUCUUCGGUGUCCUCUGGAACUGGACUUUCGGACGUGCCAGGCCGUUCUCCAUCGCUACUGCUGCGGGUGGCAACGGAUUGGACUUGGUCGUGAAGAGCAGGAAGGGCAAGUGGACUGGUGCGCUUUACGAGUGUGCGCAGGGUCAGGAUGGUAAGGGGUCGCCUGGCGGCGGGUCCAACUGGAACGAGAAGGAGAGGGACAUGGAGUAUGGGUUCAAUGGUGGACGUGAGGUUAGGGUGUUGGUCGAGGGACCGUACAGUGGUCCUGGGUACACCAUGUUCACUUCGUACUCUGGCGCCCUUCUCGUCGCCGGAGGGAGUGGUGUCACCUUCAUUCUCUCCGUUUUGGAGGAUAUCCUCCAGAAACACGCGGAGGGCCGCAGUCGGCUCCGUGUCAUCGAGGUCGUUUGGUCCGUUUCCGACCCUGCCGUAUUGAGUAACCUCCUUCCAACGCUCACCGCCCUCCUCCGCCCACGUCCUUCUCCCCACGCAUCCCUCCAACUCCGUAUCACCGUCCACUACACCCGGGCUCCUAAGUCUCUCCCCCCAUCCUCAUCCCUCCCCGCCGGUCUCCGUCUCCUCCCCUCCCGCCCCAACCUCGGCAACACUCUCACCGAGACCGUCGAUUCUGUCAUUUCGACGCACGCGAUGGGCAGUGGAGGAUACGGUGGCAAGGGAGCCGUGACGGAGGAGUAUCCUUGCGGUGUCAUUGUUGGCAGCUGUGGGCCGGUUGAGUUGGGUGAUCAGGCAAGCGAUGCGGUGGGUACUGUCGAUUGGAAGAGGUGGAGGGAAGUUGGAGGGGUGGAGGCGUACGAUGAGGUGUUCGGGUGGUAAACGCCCUACACUUUUUCCGUUCCUCCAUUUCUUCCUCUUCGCCUCUAUGCCGUGGGUCUCCGGUUUCUCGUGGCUGCGAAAGCGGCUGUGUGUGUGAGCAUGCCAUCACGUAGGGGAGGGGCUUCGUCUUCCAUUUUUUGUGUAUCGCCUUGGUUCGAUUCGUUUGGGAGGUGGAGUUCCGACGAUGGAUGCAGGGAAAGUGUGUCGAGUGUGGGUUGGUGAAAAGAAGGCUGCUGAGCUCAUCGACAUCGUUUGCUUUUGAUAGUUCCCAAAGCUUCCGACCCGAUCUUGCUCGUUCCGUUCGUUCGCUUUAAUCGUCGUCGUUCGUUAUCUCCGCGUUACCCCCCUUUCCUCACUCCCCCACAAGGACUUUCAGCGUUUCGGUUUGGAAGUCCUUAUGGCCCCGAACGCUCGACUAUUAUUUAUUGCGUACGAAUUCCUGCAGCGCUUCUUAUUUUACGUUCAACCUGGCCUAGUGCCUACCUGCUUGAUUUCUUGUUUCUUGCCCGUGCUGCUGGUGUGGUGUGUUAUGGUUCGUCGGCGGAGACCACUGGUUUGGUCUCUGUCCGCGAUCCUCCCGCCGCCCUGUAGCUCCCACGAUUUCUCGGUUCGUCUUUCGUCAUCUGUCUUUCCUGCUAUAUUUAUUCUCCUUUCCGCUGCUGUAUUUCGUAGCUACCCUCCCUUGUCAC